AUGGGUAACAACCAAGUUUUUGCCGUGACCGUGUUCUUUAUUUGUUUCCGAGAAUGUUUAGAAACGACUGUGGUCGUGUCGGUGCUGUUGGCAUUCUUGAAACAAACACUAGGAUCGGGAGAAGACCAGGUGACCUAUAAACGACUAGUCAAACAAGUCUGGCUAGGAUGCGGAUUGGGUCUAUUUAUCUGUCUCGCCGUUGGUGCCGGCAUGAUCGGUGCUUUCUAUGGCCUGGGUACCGACACGUUCUCCAGCACGGAGGAUAUUUGGGAGGGCGUGUUGGGAAUCGUCGCUUCUCUAAUUAUCACCAUCAUGGGCGCCGCUCUUUUGCGAGUCUCCAAGCUCCAAGAAAAGUGGAAGGUCAAGCUGACCAAGGCAUUGGCACACGAACACAACCCGGACGAGACACGCAAGGGCCGCUUCAAGCGCUGGAUGGAGAAGUAUGCGAUGUUUGUACUUCCGUUCAUUACAGUGCUGCGUGAAGGUCUGGAGGCUGUUGUCUACGUUGGCGGUGUCGGUCUGGGCCUCCCUGCGUCUUCGUUCCCUCUGGCUGUUUUUUGUGGAUUACUAGCGGGAAUUGCGGUAGGCUAUCUGAUCUACAGGGGUGGACGAGAAACCUCCAUGCAGAUCUUCUUGAUCAUUUCGACUUGCUUCCUCUACCUGGUCGCAGGCGGCCUGUUCUCGCGUGGCAUUUGGUACUUCCAGAAUAACGCCUGGAACAAGGUCAUUGGCGGCGAUGCUUCGGAGACUGGUUCUGGAGCGGGAUCUUACGAUAUCGACCAGAGUGUCUGGCAUGUCAAUUGUUGCAACCCUGAAAUUGGAGGUGGCGGCGGUUGGGGUAUCUUCAAUGCUCUGUUGGGCUGGACCAACUCGGCUACCUACGGAUCAGUAAUUGGAUAUAACGUUUACUGGAUUUGUGUGAUGGUCGCCUAUGGAUUGAUGCUGUAUCGUGAGCGCAAGGGUCCCCUGCCAUACAUUGAUCCGGUGGUGCACAAGGUGGCCAACGCCAAAGGCCGGACCAAGGCGUUUAUCUUCCGUCAGCCGUGGGAGGCACCCGAGCCUGCCCAGGCCAGCGGCGCCAUCGAAUCGAGUGUAUUCGUGCGGAGUGAGAAGGCAGACGGAGCCGGAGUGUCUGCUGUGUCUCGGCAGCCAUCGACUUAA